AUGGGAAAAGUUUCAAAGAACUCCAUUGAUUAUUACAUACUGCCGAAUAAGAUUUUAUGUAGUAUGAUCGGCAUGUGGCCUUUCAGCGAGGAACGAUCGACCUGCCGCAACGCGUUCUCGUGUUUCCGCUUGGUUUUCUCUGUUACGGCGGUGUGCACCAUUUUCGUGCCCGGUAUUAUGAUUAUUGUUGUGAAGUGGGGAGAUCUGAAGAUUCUUACAGGAGUAGGAUGCAUUCUAACAACCCUAGCGCAAUGUCUCUUCAAAACAAUUUACCUAGUAGCAAGAAAAGAAAGAUCACACCGAUUAUACAAAGAACUUCGAAGUCUCUGGGACUCGACCGACGAUCCAACAGAAAUGCAAUGCUACCAAGACCUCGCUCACGUGGCGCGAACCUGUACCAUAACCUUCUACUCGUGUGGUGCUCUGACUUCCAUCGUGUUCAUAAUUUCGGCAGCGCUGGAGUGCAUGAAUGUCGACGUCAGUAAUGGUACCGAUAGCAUUCGACCUUUACCCUUUGAAGUCUGGUACGGAAUAGAUGUCUCAGAGUCACCCAGGUUCGAAGUGGUGUUCGUCUGUCAAGCACUGGCGUCCACAAUUUGCGCCGUAGCAAUCUGCAGCUUAGACACCGCGUGCGUGACUGCGAUAUUACACGUGUGCGGUCAAUUUAAACUAAUUAGCGUGUGGAUCAGUCACAUAGGAUUCGAAACGGAUUGCAAUCUGACUAAUUACUUGGUUGACUCUCGGAGGAACCUGAGGACGGACCUGGUCAAAUGCAUUCGUCAUCAGCAACGGUUGAUAAAUGUAGUGAAGGACGUUAACACAUUAAUGACUCCCAUAAUUUUCAUACAAAUCCUAACAUCUGGCAUAGAGAUUUGUCUGAGCGGCUUCGCGGUGUUCAGCUACGACGCAGGUGGCGAUCUGUUUAAAUUUAUCUCUUACUUAGCUUCGAUGAUGGUGCAGCUUUUAUUAUGGUGCUGGCCCGGUGAAAUUCUGGCUCAGGAAAGUCAGAAGAUAGGUCAUUCUGUUUAUCUGAAUAUUCCGUGGUACCAGUUACCUCUGAUUUAUCGGAAGAAGAUACUUCUGAUGAUUCUCAGGUCGCAAAAGUAUUGCAGUAUUUCGGCACUGACCUUCCAGUCGCUGUCUAUUUACACCUUAACGAGCGUGUUUAACACAGCUUCCUCUUACUUUGCUCUGUUACGACAAAUACAGGAUCAGUCAACGUGA